AUAAUCAUACAGGCUCCAAUUCCUCUGCAGAUGGCAUAAAUCUUUGUUUCUCCACGAAACGAAGAGGUUAUACGUGUGCGUUUCUAUAGUGCAGCUGCGACCGCAGACAUGAACACGGUAGCCCGGCUAUGCUUGUUCUUUUUAAUCACCAAAACAGGAGUAACUAGUUCUGAGGACCAAAGGACACAGCAGUUCUUCGAUGGCUUCCCUGACGACGUCUGGGACUCGCUGGAGUCGUUGGAGUUGGAAUCAAUCAUUAGCCAAGUUGUGCAAGAGUUAUCAUCUCUGGACUCACUGAGCCCCCGCGACCUGAACCCCGCGCUGCUGGAGGCGGACGGCGAGCGCACGGUCGUGUUCUGCGAGGCGUGUCACUUGGGCGUGGGCCGCUUGAUCGACGCCUACGCCAAUGGCACGUCUUUGGAUGUCAUCUUCAACCGCACGGUUGACUUGUGCAUUAAUCUCAACAUCUCAAGUCCGAUGUUCUGUGAAAAUAUGGUCGAAAUUUCUAAGCCGCAAGUCAGUUGGAUCAUCACACACACGAACCUGACGGCCAAGGACGUAUGUGGCGUUUUGUUCGUGAGGCAAGAUUGUCAGUCCGACAACCCCGAGCGGGAGUGGCAAAUUGACCUGCCGUCGGACGUGAAACCACCACUCGUAAAAAUUCCUAUUCCUCCGGAAUCUCCGACAUUGAAAGUCCUGCACCUGGCAGAUACCCACUUCGACCCUUACUACAAGCCAGGCUCCAACGCCGUGUGUGACGAAAUUUUCUUUUGUUGCCGUGAAGAGAGUGGACCCGUGAAAGCACCCGAGGACGCGGCCGGUUUUUGGGGUGACUACAGAGCUUGUGACAUACCCAAAUGGACCAUCGAGGCAAUAUACGAGCACAUUCUCGCCGAGCACCCGGACAUUUCGUUCAUCAUCUGGACGGGUGACCUGGUGCCGCACGACGUUUGGAACACGUCCCGUGAGGGCAACCUGAACAUCAUCCGCGAGUCCGUGGCCACGGUGGCACAAUACUUCCCAUCCAUCCCCGUCUUCCCCGCUCUGGGGAAUCACGAGUCUGAUCCUCUGAACGCAUUCUCUCAACCAUACAUCGACAACGAGUUCAGCAUGGACUGGCUGUACGGUGAGGUGGCAAGCCUUUGGCAGACGUGGCUUCCGGAAGACGUUGCAGCAACAAUUGCUUACUCAGGUUCCUACAGCGUAGACGUGUUUCCAGAUCUACGGUUGCUUUCCGUCAACACGAACUAUUGCUACGGCUUCAACUGGUGGCUGUUGUAUGAUUCGGUGGACCCUGGGGAGGUGCUCGAGUGGAUGGCUGGGGAGUUACAGAGGGCUGAGGAUGAUGGGGUUUACGUGUACCUCAUCAGCCACAUCCCCUCAGGGGAUGUUGACUGUCAUUACACUUGGAGCAGAGAAUAUGCCAAACUUGUCGCCAGAUAUGAAGGAGUGAUCGCUGGCAUCUUCUACGGCCACACUCACAACGAUCAGUUUCAAAUGUUCUUCGACCCCGAAGAUAAAUCACGACCGAUCGAAGUUGGUUUUGUGGCUCAGAGCCAGACAACUUACGAGGACCUGAAUUCUGGAUACAAGAUAUACACCAUCGAUGGCGGCCACGAAAACUCAACUUAUACCGUCCUGGACCACGAGAACUGGUACUUCGACUUGGACAGAGCAAACUUUGAGAUGGUACCAACCUUUGAACUCCUUUACUCUGCAAAGGAUGCAUAUAGCAUGCCAGACUUGAGCCCGCAGUCGCACCUUGAUCUUAUCUACGAGAUGGCGCAGAACAACAGCGCUACAUUCGACCUCUUCUUCAGGAACUACGUGAAGGCCGGCAGACCGAGGAUGGAAGAAGGCUGUGACGAGGACUGCAAGAGCGACCUGCUGUGCAGGCUGUUGGUGACCGACACGUCAGACCGCUCGGUCUGCCGCCGUGUCCUCUAAACUGCAUAAAUAAAAUAUGACGUUAAA